AUGAGUUUCGCCGGCAUGCUCAAUAGGCUUCAUGGCCAACCCGAGAGUUACGAUAAGAAAGCCAAAUACAAGUUCGGUCGAACCCUCGGUGCUGGAACAUAUGGAGUCGUUCGUGAGGCCGAUGGCCCGACCGGCAAGGUCGCUGUGAAGAUUAUCCUCAAGCGAAACGUCAAGGGCAACGAGCAGAUGGUCUACGACGAGCUUGAGAUGUUGCAGAAGCUUAAGCAUCCUCACAUCGUCAAGUUCGUCGACUGGUUCGAAUCGAGGCUCGCUACGGGCGGCGAGCUUUUCGACCGUAUCUGUGAACAGGGCAAGUUCACCGAGAAGGAUGCCGCUGAGACCAUUAAACAAGUCCUUCUUGCUGUCGACUUCCUCCACAAGAACAACAUUGUUCACAGAGAUCUCAAGCCUGAGAACCUUCUCUACCUCAACAGAGACCCCGAUUCCGACCUCGUGUUGGCCGACUUCGGUAUUGCAAAGAUGCUUGACGGAAAGGGAGAAUCCCUCAAAACCAUGGCUGGCUCUUUCGGUUAUGCUGCCCCCGAGGUGAUGCGCAAGGAGGGUCAUGGAAAGCCCGUAGACAUGUGGUCUAUGGGUGUCAUUACUUACACCUUGCUCUGCGGUUACUCCCCUUUCCGAAGCGAGAAUCUUCAGGAUCUGAUCCGGGAAUGCACUGACAACUCUGUCGUCUUCCAUGAACGCUACUGGAAGGACGUCAGUAACGAUGCCAAGGACUUCAUCCUGAAGCUUAUCAACCCCGAUCCCGACCAGCGUUGGACCAGUGAGGAAGCAUUGGGCCACAUCUGGCUUACUGGAGAGAACGCCACCGACUACAACUUGUUGCCCGAGAUCAAGUCGUUCCGUGCCAGAAGCCGAUUCAGGCGCAUUAUCGAGAAGAUCAAGCUCCAGGCUCGUAUCGAAAAGCUCAAGAGUAUGGAAGAAAACCCCGACGAUUCGGAUCUGUCGGCUAUCUUCUCCGAGGUCGCCAGGGCGAAGCUCGCGGACGACAAAGAGGAGAAGGAGGUUCUCCGUGUUACCCAGGAAGUCGAAAAAGAUGUCAAGCGUCGCAGUUUCCAGGCUUAA